AGGUCCAGCCGUCCAGCCUCCGCGAGGGGUUUGCCACGACCCCGGAUGUAUAUGAAAGUGCACAACUCCCCCUCCCCCUCAUUUGGAUGGCAUCCGCAGCAACACAAGUCCUGGCACAGAUGUAGCUUUUGCAUGACAAAUUUACGACUGAUUGUAGUGCUGUUUCGGCUUCGGGAAUCUGUCAUGCAUAGUAGUGGCCAAGGGCAAAGGGUGGCUUUGGUGUUUUGCAUGAGAAAUGAGAACGAGGGGGAGUUGUGCACUGUCAUAAUGUGAAUUGGGACGACGUCGGCGGGAUGGUACAAUUGAGAGAGGAGUUAGAGCUCGCGAUCAUCCAGCCGAUCAAAAAAGCGGAGCUCUUCGCGUCUUUGGGUUUAGCAACCCCAGCUGGUGUCCUCCUCUAUGGCCCUCCCGGUUGCGGGAAAACUUUGGUUGCCAAAGCCGUCGCUUCCGCCGCGAACGCGAAUUUCAUUUCGGUGAAGGGCCCGGAGUUGCUGAAUAAGUACGUGGGGGAGUCGGAGAGAGCCGUCCGGUCGGUUUUCCAGCGGGCUCGGACCAGUUCGCCCUGCAUCAUCUUCUUCGACGAUAUGCAAUACAAAUUUCCCGUACAUGUACAAGAUGCAUCACAAAUUUCACCAAUGUGGAGCGUAAAACUUGUCAUGUUAAACUAGGAUCGAGGCCAGGUUUUGUCAUGCGGAGACCGCAUUCGAACUUGUACGGGAAAUUUACUGUGGAUACACGAGUUGGAUUCCAUGGUGCCGAAAAGAAGCUCCGAGGGCACGAGCUCGUCGGAAAGAGUCGUGAAUCAAAUGCUCACGGAAAUGGACGGAAUGAACAGUAGAAGGGACGUUUUUGUGAUCGCGGCAACCAACCGACCGGACAUCAUCGACCCCGCGAUGCUGCGGCCGGGCCGGUUGGACCGGUUACUGUAUGUUCCGUUGCCGGACGAAAGUGGGAGGAGAGAAAUUCUGAAAUCGCUGACGCGGAGAUCGCCUCUAUCCGCGGACAUCGACUUCGAGCAAAUCGCGGGGAAAACCACCGGCUUCACGGGCGCGGAUUUAGGGGCGUUGUGCCGGGAAGCGACGAUCCGAGCGAUGAAGGUGUAUUUGAUGAAGUUGAAUGAGAUCGAAGCGGAGGAAGUAGCAAAGGAAAAAAACAGCACCGACAAGAACGGGAGUUCUUCUGCGCUUUUGUUGAAGAAGACCAGCAGUUUCGGCGACAGUGAAACAACAGCGAAAACCACCUUUUCCGGUGCGAAAAAGGUGAUCGUGGAGCAAAUACACUUCGUGCAGGCUUUGACGAAAGUGGUGCCGAGUGUCUCUGCGAAACAGCAACAGGAAUACAAAAGCAUCGCGGCAAAAAUGACCAAGGAAGCCAGAAUGUCGGGAGCGUGAAGAUGAAGCGUAGUUUCAGAGAUGAGGUGGGCCACGUUUUGUGAUAUUAGGGUAGCACAUAGUAUUGAAACGCGAGUCAUCGAGUUCUCAUCUCUUUAGUUGGAAUGCAAAAAAAUUCCAGAGGAUGUUGCUACAGAACGAAGUCGCUUACUUCCGACGUGUUGAAAGGACAACACUUUAGUGGAUGCACCCAGAUUGUUACUGAUUUAUAAACCAAAGCGCAAAAUCCUCAC